CUGUCCAAUUGUCUGAACAAAGUAAGGUUCACCUGCGCUAUAGUUGGUGUAAGUUUAGCACAACUAGUCUGUGUAACUUGUCAGAACGUGCCGAGAUCCUUGACUACACCGUUAUCGGGUAAAUAACGCUUUUAAAGCAGUUUUAUUUUAACACAACACAGACUUCAUUUUCUGCUUUUUCCUAAAGAGUGUCAGGAUUAGUUGACGUUGCCUCUGUUUCCCAACAGUUAAAAGCAUUAUUUGAGCAAUAGUAAACCUUCGGAGCGAUGGCUCCUUCUGUCAUACCCGAUCUAUCCAAGAUAACUGCCCUAGAUGGGAAUAAUUACAAGCGGUGGACACAAAGAAUACUUAUACUCUUUGAACAACUGGAACUAGUCUAUGUGUUGUUCUGUGAUCCCCUCGAACCUGCUCAGCUAAGGUCCCCCUUUCAAGAACCAAGAGAAAUCAGUCCUGAACCGGAUUAUACUCAUGAUCAAGAACUGGGUAUAACUCUGGUGCAAUUUACAUGUGACAAUAUGGUAGCUAGAGGAUACCUUUUAUCACAAAUGAAUGACAAAUUGUUUGACAUUUAUGUUAAACAAGACUCGGCAAGAGUUAUUUGGAAAAUGCUGUCAGAAAAGUAUGGUGCCAAUGAUGCUGGAAAUCAAAGUGUCAGAAAUAACAACAACAAAAAGAGUGGAAAAGUUAAGAAACUCAAAGGAGGCUGUUUCGUGUGCGAUAAUCAUGGACACCGAACAUACCAGUGCUAUCAUCGCAAGGGUAAAAUUCAUAGAGGGUUGUUAUAAAGCUUGCAUAGGUCGAUCUGCUAAGGAGCCAAUGUUGGGCACCAAAGAUCAAUCUCAGUAAGAUACCAAGUACUUUUGAGAGGAAUACUUGUAAUCAUUGCAUUGUGGGGGUAAUCAGCUCUUUAUAUUUAUUUUCUGUAAGUCUCUUUACCUUACCGAGAAUAACGGUAAAAGAGAAUGUUUUAUGUUAAGCAUGAAAAUCUAUAGGGUAUUAUUUAUGAGUAAAUAAAGUACUCAUCAAAGUGUACGUAAGUUUGAUGGA